AUGUCAGAUAAUUUUAUCCUCAAGAAAGCAGAAGCUUGGGAACCUAUCAAGUUUAUCCGUGGUGCCGCUCGGCUGUCAGUCCGACAUUGGCAGAACAGGGAGCCUCAAGCGAACCCCAAAACACGGAUCGUUGCACACAAGUCUACGAGUUGCGAGCAAUUGUAUCCAAAGACAGACGAAGAACCAGGUCCUUAUCCAAUUAGAAGAGCUCCUAGUACAGAUAGAAUCAAACCACACAUGGAACAUAAACCACUUUUUAAAAUGUUGGGGAACUCACGUUCGAAGAAAGUUAAUAGUAGUGAUGUUCCCGAUUCUAAGGUGCGCAGAAGUGUUCUUAACUUUAGAAAAAGUGAAGGAUCACCUUCCAAAACUGUUCAUGAGAAAUAUAUGCCGUUGCCACAUGCUUCAUCUCAUAACGAGCACGUUUACAAUGGACCCAAACCUUGGACGUCUCAGUUCGAUGAAUGUUGCCGGCCUCCAGUCUAUCAAAGUGUUGAAAAGAAAAAAGAUGAUAAAAAAGGUUCGAUGAGCGAAAAAAAGGCUUUCAGCAACAGACCACCUUGUUAUGAAGAGCUGGCUGAAAGGCUAUCACAAGACAAAAAUAAAAAAGUGAAACUCCCCACGCGUGAUGGAGAAUUGGCUAAUAAAAUUACGCAAAACAAUAACAAAGUUGUCAUUUACUUUGGAGAUUCAAUCAUUCGUAAACAUAGUGAACAGAAAAAAGAGGAGAGAGAAGCUAGAGAGAAGGAAAGUACGCCGUCAAAAGAAGAAGCUAUUUACGUUAACCGUCCUUUGGAAGAUACAGAAAAUUUGGAAAUUAGUAGAGAAGAAGAUAAAGGCGGAACGCAAUUAAUAUCAGAGAUCGAAGUACCUGAGGCUAUUUAUUCUGAGAUCAAACCUGCUGAAGGUGCUGCAGAAAUUUCAGAAGUGCCAGCAAUAAAUGACACAACUUACAAGAAGGAUGUUUUCGAGACGCUGAGCCCCGAUGGAUUUCUGGUGGUGGAGUUUGAAGGGAACUUCGAACGAGCACGUCAGUUGGUGGAGCUGGUUCACGGUGGAACUGGAGUCGAUCGUCACGAAGCUACGGUGCUGGACGACGAAGAUCAGUUCGAUUGGAGCUUCAUACAAGACUGGAGAAAACGGUUAGUAAUUUUAACUCACUAG